ACGAAGAGAUAUUUUCUCCCCCUCUCUAUAGAAAAUGAAAAGGAGUAUGUAAUGUACGAAAACCAUACCAAACCCCCCACCCAGCACUGAUCAAUCAUAGACCUUCAUUUCUCUCUCUGGCUUUAUAUUCUUCCUUUCAUACAACUAUCCUCUCAAUUCUCUCUCUCUAAAACCUUGUCUUUCUCUCUCUAGACUUUCUUUCCAGCAGCAUGCCGCAAGUAGAUCUUGAAACCAUAGUUUCAGUCUGCGGCGGAGGCAAUGACCGGAAAAUAGCCUGCGAAACUCUGGCCGACGGCGACAAUCUGCCGGAGAAUCCAGAUCUCACCGAAGUUCCUCCUGAUUUCCCUCCAGAAUCGUUUUGGCUAUCCAAAGACGCUGAAUACGAUUGGUUCGAUCGAAACGCGUUCUACGAGCGCAAAGAAUCCACCAAAGGAAAUUCGAAUUCGUCUAAUCAGAAUCCGAACUCGAACUCCUCGUCUCAGCGAUUCUCUUUGAAUCUGAAGUCCAAGGCUUCGAUUAUUGGAUUGCCGAAGACACAGAAAGCUAGUUAUGUCGAUACGAAGCGAAGGACCUGUAAACCGGCCAAUAUCCGGUUGUUUCCGAAGCGAUCCGAGUCAGUCGGAAAAUCGACAGUUCCGGUGACAGAACCGUCUUCGCCAAAGGUUUCCUGUAUGGGGAGAGUGAGGUCCAAGAGGGGCCGCCGGAAACAGGCGUCACAACCGGCGAAAACGGUGAUAAUUACUACUGAUAAAGAAAAAACCGAUGGUGGACGCCGGAAAACCGGAUUAUACUCUCGUUUUAUGUCAGUAUUCCGGUCUACUCGUCGCUCGAAACGCUCAGUUGAGAGAAUCGAGCCGCCAGUUGAUUCGCCGCCGAGAAAGAGCGUGACGAUAAAGGUGCGUGAGAUGCCGCUUAGUGCUGAAAAGGUCGGUGAGCCCCCCGGUUUGGGAGGGAUGACGCGGUUCGCGUCGGGCCGGAGAUCGACGUCGUCGUGGGGGACUGAUGACUUGGAUCAGAUGCUAGAUGUUCGCGUGUCUAUAUCCGAGCCGUCAGAUCGGGAUUGCCGUGUGUAGUGGUUUGAUGGGGGACCCACAGGAAGAAGUUGAUUGCGGUCGUGAUGGGGAGCGUGGUUAGAUGGUCGUUGAGCUGACGUAAGAUGAUGAAUAACGACUUGGGAUACACAGGUAAAUUCACAGUUUAUUUAGCCCCUUGUGGUUCUUGGUUUUACUCGAUCUUAUUAAUUAAUGUAAAUAUGUGAGUGGUUUUGGAGUGAGCAGUUGUAAAUCAUUGUCUUUUUUACUUUAUAAAUGAAAAAUCUAUGGAUUUUAUUGCAAAA